CCCAAAAGAAGAACAAGGAAGACAAGCAUGGCGUCCACAAGGUUUAUUAGCUUUCUACUUAUAAUCUUCAUUGUGCUACAUUAUGUAAGGAACUCCAGUGCGCUAAUGACCCGCCAAGGUGCUGCUGCUACCAUGGAUGGAGUUAGCAAAACAAGGCUUGGAGGAAGGAAAGUGAUAAAGCUGAAAAGGGUUUUGAUAAGGAAAGAGGAAGCUUUCAAUAAAGAAGAAGUAAAGAUUUCAGGUGCAACUAAAUUUGUAGGAAGUUAUUGUAACUAUAGAUCAUCAAAAUGUAAAUUGAUGAGCAAUAGAGGAAGCUCUCAUGGAAAUUUGAAAGACAAGAGGGAAGUAUUUACUGCUUUCAGCUCCGAUUAUCACGUGCCAAAAUCUCACCCUCCUAAGAAUAACUGAGCAAGAAGAAGAAGAAGAAGAAGAAGAAGAUUACUGAAUUGAAGCACUAGCUACUUCACAAAAGAUAGCCAUGUAUAUGUGGUGUCUUUUGUACAAUUUUGGUUUCUCCAUAUAUGUUUGUUCUCUUAAUUUGU